UCUCCAUCAUCCCCAUCCGUCCCAUCCACCCAUCCCAUCAACCAUCACAAGCUUUGGGACAAGAUCAGAUUAAUAAACCUACGUUUGCACACUGUCUACUUCUCUCCCAAUAUGAAAGCGUCGACGUCCAUCCUCGCGCUGCUGCUGCCGGCCAUCAGCGCGCGCUUCGUCCAGGAGGCGGAGCCCGACCAUGUUCAGCUGCACCCUGAGGUUGCCGAGGCCGAGAAGUUCCACAUCGAGCUGGCUCCGGGCGAGACGAGAUGGGUGACUGAGGACGAGAAGUGGGAGCUGCGCCGGAAUGGCCAGCGCUUCAUGGACAUCACCGACACCCCCGACCUUGGCGCCCUCGGCACCCGCCGCACUGCCGUCUUCCCCAAGAAGGCCGCCCAGCAGGACGCCAUCAAGCCCCUCCUUGAGAAGCUUGACAAGUCGCACAUGAAGACGCACCUCGAGAAGCUGACCAGCUUCCACACGCGCUACUACAAGUCGGAGACGGGCCGCCAGUCGUCCGAGUGGUUGCUGUCCGAGGUCAACAAGACUAUCGCCGACGCCGGCGCCCACGCCCACGGCGUCCACGUCGAGCACUUCAAGCACUCGUGGGGCCAGAACUCCAUCAUCGCCACCAUUCCCGGUCAGUCCAAGUCCACAGUCGUGGUCGGCGCCCACCAGGACAGCAUCAACCUGUGGCUGCCCUCCAUCCUGGCCGCCCCCGGCGCCGACGACGACGGCAGCGGCACCGUCACCAUCCUCGAGGCGCUGCGCGUCCUGCUGCAGAGCGACGACUUUGCCAAGGGCAAGCUCAAGAACACGGUCGAGUUCCACUGGUACAGCGCCGAGGAGGGCGGCCUGCUGGGCAGCCAGGCCAUCUUCUCGUCGUACGAGAAGCAGCAGCGCGACAUCAAGGCCAUGCUGCAGCAGGACAUGACGGGCUUCGUCCAGCGCACCCUCGACGCCGGCAAGCCCGAGAGCGUCGGUGUCAUUGUCGACUACGUCGACCCGGCCCUGACGGAAUUCAUCAAGAAGAUCAUCGUCGAGUACUGCGCCAUCCCCUUUGUUGAGACCAAGUGCGGCUACGCCUGCAGCGACCACGCUUCGGCGUCCAAGGCUGGCUACCCGUCGGCUUUCGUCAUCGAGUCGUCGUUUGAGCUGUCCGACGACCACAUUCACUCGACUGAGGACUUGAUCAAGUACCUUAGCUUCGACCACAUGCUGCAGCACGCCCGCAUGACGCUGGCCUUUGUCUAUGAGCUGGCCUCGACCGACUUUGCCAAGCUCGAGGCUGCCGAUGUUGACAGCAUGGGCGAGCUGUAAACGUUUUGCUUCUGCUGUUCUCGUCUUCCUUUUCUCUGAUUCUUGGCUAUAGACGGUGCAAGAGGUGUGCGCAUACACGAGUCGGUGCAGAUGUGGUAUUGCUGAUGGUAUUGGUUUCAACAGUCAAAGUAGCUCCAGUGACUUGGAUAGCAUUGUCUAGUGUCCUGAGAGCUAUGUACCUGCUGCCUUAUAGGCUUUAUAGUACCGGAAUAACUGAGAAACAAUUUCCCAA